UUGUAAAUGAUUCACCCGCCGUAGUUAAGGCACAGCAAUUGAUUGUAUCAUUCUCUUCUUAGAGCCACCCUUGCUCACAGUAGAUCACUUUGGACGAUGAACGACACACAGCAAGGGGAAUCAUUUUGUGGAAAAGUAUCAAGACAAAUCAAAAACUACAAAUGGAGAGAAAUCUUCACAUGGCAGCUGCUGAAAACAUUGCUGAUGGGUCAGGGACUAUCAGCACUGAUUUGUGGAACCGCAGUAACAUCUCAGUACCUGGCAUCAACCUGGAACCUGGAUGUACCCAUGCUCCAGAGCUUCAUCAACUACACCCUUCUAUUCUUCACCUACACUACUGCACUCCUCUUUAGAACAGGUGAUGGCAAUAUUUUGCAGAUAUUAAAGACAAAAUGGUGGAAGUAUAUCUUGUUGGGCCUGGCUGAUGUGGAGGCAAAUUACGCUGUGGUAAAAGCAUACCAGUAUACCACCUUAACAAGUAUACAGUUGCUGGACUGCUUCAUCAUCCCGGUGCUUAUGAUCCUCUCCUGGUUCUUCCUGAAGGCACGAUACAGGAUAGUUCACUAUGUGGCUGUGUGUGUGUGUUUGGCUGGUGUGGGAGCCAUGGUUGGAGCUGAUCUCAUUGCAGGCCGGGACCAGGGGUCAACCAGUAACAUUCUGCUGGGAGAUGGGCUGGUGAUCCUCAGUGCUAGCCUGUAUGCCAUCUCCAACGUGUGUCAGGAGUACACAGUGAAGAACCGGAGCAGGAUGGAGUUCCUGGGCAUGCUGGGUCUGUUUGGGAUGCUCAUCAGUGGCAUACAACUUGGUAUUUUAGAACAUGCACAGAUAGCAAAUAUUCAGUGGACGUGGCAAAUUGUUUUGCUCCUGAGUGGGUUCGGGCUGUGUAUGUACGCUCUCUACAGCUGCAUGCCGUUGGUGGUGAAGCUGACCAGUGCUACAGCAGUUAACCUGUCUCUGCUCACCGCUGACCUGUUCAGCCUGUUCUGUGGCCUGUUCCUGUUCCAGUACUCAUUCUCAGGACUCUACAUUGUGUCAUUAGUGACUAUCAUGGUGGGCUUCAUCACCUUUAAUGCUGUCCCUACACCAAGCCCACCUACUGAAUCAGUGUGUGAGGAGGGAGGCUACGACAACCAGGGUGCAGAGCUGGAUGAAGAAGGACAGGUUGGCUAUGCGGUUGAUAACACAUGUGAAGAUCAAGGGAAAGAGAAAAGCGAGAGCAGUUCUAGAGGGAAAUCACACUCAUCAGAAACCAGAUGUGUUAUUAUUAGCAGAACUGAAAUGUAGCUUAAUAUUUAACAGCAUUAUCAAUGGAUUGUAUAAUAACUGAUGAUAGCAAUCUAUUCUAGAUAGUAUUAUGUAUUCCCUUGAAUAUAUUUCAAACAAACCUGUCCUCACACUUUCAGCUAUUUAUUGAGAGAGUAACACGAAUAUUUUUUUCUGUAUCUAAUAAUCUAAUCGUGCAUCUAAUAUUAUUUUGUUUAAAUUGUGUUAACAUUGUGAUGACUAGACCUUUAUUUGAUGUUUAAACAGCUGUUUAGAGUGUUCUCCCAGCUAGUCCAUAGAAAAUUAUAAUGUUGUCCUUUUAUACUCAAUGUGCUAUCUGGAAAAACUAAAUUAAAACAAAAAAAUUAAAUCACAAAAAUGUGAUAUUCAACUGUCAAAGAGCAGGUUUCUAAAAAACAUGAUUACAAGUUUUUUUUUUCUCUUAAGUAAUGUGGCUGGUGGUUUCAGCUCUCGGCUCUUCAGCGGAAUCUGAGUGAAAUAUCAAUGCUCUACCACUAUCUGUGAGGGUUUCCUCCCUCAGUCAAAAAAUAUGAUCACAUAGGGCACAGAUUAUGGAAAGGAUUGGUAGGGUCACACCCCCUAAUUAAAAUGUGUUAACAUCUCCAUAUAUUAUUUUAUUAUAUAAUUAGUAUUUUAUAAUAUUAUAUUACAUUGUAUUAUAUUCUAUUAUAUUAUAAUGUGUCGUUUAUAUUAUAUUAUAUUGUUAACGUUGAAAAAUGUGGGAUGCACUAUGGUUCCCUGUUUCAUCUGCAUAUCAUUGCUGUACAAUAAAAACCAAGUAUCUCAAUUUUUGUCAAUUUUUAGUUUACUACAUAAUUCGAACACACAAACUGUCCCUUAAACUGUGUCAAACUUUCUUGAUGAAUGGAGCAAUAUACAUUUUUCAGAAUUGCCUGAAAUAAUCUCUUUUUACAUUGACUUCCAUUGAAAGUUAAGGUUUUAUCUCUCUCCUCUAAAGCUGCUGUUUUGCAUAUACAUGUUUUUCAUUGGGCAGUGAUGAUAUUUACUUAUUUUAGUACAAUUUAAAUAUGUCAAAGAAGCUUAGUUUUGCUAAGUAAUGAGGCUAUUUUUAAAUUAUGAGGAGAAAGUUCAGAUAAUUGUGUGAAAAUGUAAGGAAUAGAAAGUUCAGAUAAUUGUGUAAAAUUUAUGGAGUAGACGUAAAAAGUUGGCUGAAAAAUAAUUACUCCAGUUAAGUAUAGAUAACCAGAAUUUCUACUUAAGUAAAAUAAUAAAGUUUUUGUACUUCAUAACUUUACGCCACUUGCAGUUUGUUUAGAGCUGCUGCUCACUCAGUUUACCUCAACGUUAACGGACCUGUCCCAAAUCAAUCCCUGCUCCUCUGCUAAAAACAACGCGCAGUGCUAUUGGGCGAGAGUUCUACAAGGGCGCGAGGUUUUAAAAAGGCGCGCUUUUAGGGACACACUCUUUUUACAGAGCUUGAUGAGGUGUUUCCGGUUUAGUUUAGUAGGGUAAAACACAGCGGCGCUACAGUUCCCCACGCGCUCUGUGCUCUUACAGUAACAACGCGGGCAAAAAAACUCCUUGUGCUGGGCCUUCAUUAAAGCAGCAUCUGUACAAGCCA